AUGCUGCCGAGUAGGGGACUCUCAAGAUCAGGUACAGCCUCUGCGCUGCGAAAUGCCUGGUCAACUCGGACACAGUCGGCUCGAUCUAUACAAGUCCCUACGCGACACUUCUCUCAGUCGCAACUCCGAUCUACAAUACCUACCCGACUUCGUGGCGCAUAUUCCACACCGAUAUCUUCAAUUGGUACCCGUGCCACCUUAGGAGCUACUGCUUGUGGUGUAUUUGCCCAACGUUCUGGAGCAUCGCGAAAUCUAUCGCUUUGGCCAUUCUCUUCGAAACCACAAUCUACACCCGAGACGCAGCCUAGUAUAGAGCAGCCUGCUUCCACUACGUACGACCAAAAAGCACCAGAAGCUACUGUUGUAGAAAACAAUGCCGCUUCCGCACCUCCGGAGGCUUCAUCUUCGAUCCCGACAAAUCCUGUCGACCUAAACCCGGCGCACCAUUCCACAGGCUCUUUCAGUGAUUUAGAUAUAACAUCCAUACUCGAUAUACCUGAACAAAUAGGAUACCUUAAGAGCCUUGGCUUGGAUUUUGGAUGGGGUCCAACAAGCUGCUGUGAAUGGAUUGUCGAACAUAUCUACAUCUACACGGGUUUGCCCUGGUGGGCUACUAUUGCCGCUGUUGCUGUUGCAUGGCGUGUCGCAUUAUUCAAACCCACCUUAACAGCAAGUAAACACCAAGCCUUGUUACAGGCAAUCACAAAAUCUCCCGAAUAUAUCCAGGCCAAUGCAGAGUACCAGGAAGCUGCGUUUAGGACGGGUGAUCGUGUUGCGCAAGUGCGAGCACAAGAAAAAAUGAUGCGCGUCAGGAAACAGUCCGGCGCGAGCGUAAUGCGGUCUUUUGUCGUCUUAUGGACCGUCCCUUUGAGUUACGGCAUGUUUCGAUUAUUCCGUGGCAUGUCUGCUCUACCCGUUCCUAGCUUGGAGACGGGAGGUUUGGCUUGGUUUACCGAUCUUACCGUACAUGAUCCCUAUUAUAUCUUGCCCAUGACGUCCAUAUUACUCACGGUCCUUAUGUUCUCACAAACACGAGCGGCCGCCUUAUCAUCCAACCCAACAGCCGAAUCCGUCCAAAAAGGAAUGAAAUAUAUAAUGCCUCCUGUCAUGUUUUUGUGUACCGCCUGGCUACCAGCUAGUGUACAGUUGUUUUUCGUGCUGAUAUCAGCUGGUUCGGUCCUACAAACAACAGCCACUCUAAACCCAGCCAUUCGCCGUUGGGCUGACCUUCCUCCCCUCCCAACCAGGCCCGCUACAACAGCUAGUACGACGGGUCUAAAAUGGCAAUUGCCUACCAGUCGACCAUCCACAGACGAUGGGGAGAAGAGCAGCGCAAGUGAAUCAAUAAAAGGAAUGUUUGGAGUUGACAAGCAGAAGGAGGAGUGGAAGAAGGCGCAAGCGUAUGAAGAGCGUCGAGCUCGAGAAGAGAGAGAAAAGGAAUUCCAACGAAUGGAGGAAAUACGCCGAAGACGGGCUGGGAAGAAGGGGCUGUAG